CGAAGAAAAUAAGCCAAAUUUGAAAAACGCACAUGGUUACAAAUAUAGCCGUUGGGCUCCUAUUCUCUUUUUCCAUUAGGUUUUUUUUCUGAGGUUGUAUCCAACGGUUAAGAUUAACUAGCCGUUGAUUCUAAAAAGGGGAAAAAAAGAUAACGAUUCGUAAAACAACAUUUUUUUUUUGGUGUGUUGCAGACAUAUAUCCGCUCUUCACGUCUUCGAAAUCUUUGAUUACUCUCUCUACAGUCUCUUUUACCACUUUUUCUUCAAUUUUGUUUUCGUUGUGAGAGAAAGAAGAUAAAGAGAGAGACUCUUGAAGAUCAUUGAAGAGAGCCAGAGGUUGAUUUGUGUUUGCUGUUAUGGGAUUUUGCUUCUGAGUUCUGACAGAGAGAUAGAGAUAGAGAGAGGUUAAUAGUUUCGUUGAAAGCUUCAAGAUACGGAAGAUAAUAAUGGGUGGAUCGGAUGAGAACAGACACGGAGUCAUUGGACCGAUGAAUCGACAACAAGGGGGUUUACGUGGAGGAAAGGUAAUUCCGACGAAUGGACAGACAAGAAGGGCACUGAGUAAUAUAAACAAGAACAUCAUCGGAGCUCCGGUCUAUCCUUGUGCUGUCAAGAGACCAUUCACUGAGAAAAAUGGGAUUUGUAACAAGAAGAUUCCACCUGUUCCAGUGCAUCGACCAGUUACUAGGAAAUUUGCUGCUCAAUUAGCUGAGAACAAUCUCCAAAUCCACAAGGAGGAAACCAAGAAACCAGACUUGAUUUCAAACGAAGCAUUAGAUAGAAUCAUAACAGAUGUGGAAGAAGGAGACUUUAAUGAACCAAUGUUUGUUCAACAUACUGAAGCAAUGCUUGAAGAGAUUGACAAAAUGGAAGGGAUUGAAAUGCAAGAUUCAAAUGAUAUUGAUGCUGAAGUAGAAGAGUCUGUGAUGGAUAUAGACAGCUGUGACAAGAACAAUCCUUUAUCUGUAGUUGAAUACAUUAAUGACAUAUAUUGCUUCUACAAGAAAAAUGAGUGUCGUAGCUGUGUCCCGCCUAACUACAUGGAGAAUCAACAUGACAUUAACGAGAGGAUGAGAGGAAUCCUUUUUGAUUGGUUGAUUGAGGUACAUUACAAGUUUGAGCUGAUGGAGGAGACGCUUUACCUGACAAUCAAUCUCAUUGACAGAUUUCUUGCGGUUCAUCAACAUAUCGCGAGGAAAAAGCUUCAGCUUGUGGGUGUAACAGCUAUGUUACUUGCUUGCAAAUAUGAAGAAGUUUCAGUUCCAGUUGUUGAUGAUCUAAUCCUGAUCUCUGACAAGGCUUAUACUAGGACAGAGAUUCUUGAUAUGGAGAAGUUAAUGGCGAAUACCUUGCAAUUCAAUUUCUGUCUGCCAACUCCAUAUGUGUUCAUGAGACGGUUUCUCAAAGCUGCACAAUCUGACAAAAAGCUUGAGCUUUUAUCAUUCUUCAUGAUCGAGCUUUGUUUAGUGGAGUACGAGAUGCUUCAGUACACUCCUUCUCAGUUGGCUGCAUCGGCGAUCUACACUGCUCAGAGCACACUUAAAGGAUACGAGGAUUGGAGCAAAACCAGUGAGUUCCACUCAGGCUACACCGAAGAAGCGCUUCUGGAAUGUUCGAGAAAGAUGGUUGGUUUGCAUCACAAGGCAGGGACAGGGAAGCUAACAGGUGUUCACAGGAAAUACAACACAUCCAAAUUUGGUUAUGCUGCAAGAAUUGAACCAGCUGGGUUUCUUCUGCUGUGAUUCAACUGUUAAAAUUAGGUCACACGGAAUCUAUAAUGACUUGACCUAAUUUUAUCACUGAAGAGAGAGCAACAUAAGUUGCAUCAUAUGGGGGGGAAGUUUCUGAACACGUACGUAUCUCUGUGUGGGUUCACUUGUUUGUUUUCGAAAUAUCUGUGGAUGGUUUAGUCUUCUCAUUUUCGUUGAUAAGAGAAUAACAGAAAGCGUUUUUUAAAACUCUUAACUUUUUAGGGUUCUUCAUUUCAACAUAUUUUUCCGCUCUUCUUUCCAAAUGUCCAAGUCAUAUCUUAUCACUCACAAUCACAAGUUCACAACAUUUGUCGCGAAAAUAAAUUAGGCUUCUGGUUUUGUG